CCACUUUGUCCAGGACUGGCUGCCCCAGCAAAUUCAGCCCAAGAGCAGAUUGUUUGAUGCUAAGAGAAGUCUACAAGAACCCCAGAAUUUCAUCACUGGAUCUGCAGAAGCUGUGAAAUGGCAGAGCCUCGGAGUCAGGUCUCGGCUUCUAUGUCCCAGAAGUCCCUGGGAUUUUCAGCCUCGGAGGGGCCAGCAACAGAGAUGGAUCCAGUGGAGUAUACCCUCCGCAAGCGGCUGCCCAGGAAACUACCAAAGCGGCGCAAUGAUGUUUACAUCAAUAUGAAGACCGAUUUCAAAGCACAGCUGGCCAGGUGUCAGAAGCUGCUGGAUGGUGGUGCAGGUCAUAAGGAGAUCUGCAUUCAUGGCCUCGGACUUGCUAUCAAUCGGGCCAUUAACAUUGCUCUUCAGUUGCAGGCAUUCAGUCAGGGGGCACUUCAACUCGCUGCCAACACCUCCACUGUAGAGCUUAUAGAUGAUCUGGAACCUGAGGAUCCAGAUGAAGCUGGGGAGCCACUAACACGCACACGCAACAACUCUGCCAUCCACAUCAAAGUGUUCUACCCCAAUGCUUAAAGGCAGAUCCCACUAUGAGGUUUAAGAAGUAAGACUAUUGACUUCAUGUCCACGUUGAAAAUGUAUGAGAAAAGGACAAGCCAGUGUUUGAGCCGAGUUGUAAGCUUUCUUCUUUGCUAAUGCGCUGAACAUGCCACCUGUUACAACGAAUUACAAACAUUGCUGAAGACGUGCCAAUCGGAGACAUUCAGUAGAUGAAACUGCAUAAUGUAAAAUGAUAUUUCUGUUUGAACUGGAAUUUUUUUUUUUAGAAAGGCCUUGUGUGAAUUUAGCUGAGCUGUGCUGUCCAAACCUACCAAUUCACUGACAGUAGAUGGGAUCAAAUACGCUGCAGGGAGGAGAACUGUGACCUGUGUCUGUGAAUCCUGUUUCCAUAGUUCUCAUUCAACCCGCACAUUACACACUUUGUGCUGCUGUGUUGUUUUGGAAUUAUAAUUAUUAUUGUGACUAUGCAUGUCAGAUUUCCUGAAGGACAAAUUGACGUUGUUGUUAUUGUUUUAAUUAAUCUUAUUUUUGAGCAUAUUUGUUGUGUAAAUA